AUGGCUUCUUCGCGGCGUAAGGGUGUAGAUGCCCAGGGCUCCAUCGAUGCCCUUCCACCCUAUGUGCACAAUGGUGCGACCAAUCCAAAUUCGACACCGAAGUCACAGAACGCACAAGUCUCUAUAUCACAUCAGAAUCUUGUCAAGCCGGCUCUAUCUUCUUCCUCGCCGCCGCCAGUGAUCUCCUUCUCAAUCGAUGUCAAAGACUUACUCCAUGCCAAAGACGGGUCCAAACGAAAGCCGGCCUUAUAUAUUGCGUUUGCCGCCUCCCACCCAGUGCAGGCAAACGCCGUGAAAAGAUGGCUUGGUGACCACGUUAGCGUACGACAUGUGUAUACCGACGCAGAGAAGGCUGGUUGGGCCGAGUGGUGUGAGGAAAUUGACACAAAGUCUGGCUCUAUCUUCUUCCAUGACGAGCGUCCCUUAUACUGCGACUUGAAAUAUUUCUCUCGAUGUUUAGCCUCGGCCGCAGGGAUCGCUUGUUACAAUAUGUCCUUUGAGCGCCGUCAUCCCGGGGCAUACCGCUGUGCGAUUUCUAGACUCUUCCCGAGGGGCACGGCCAUUUUCAUCACAGAGAGAUCAAUUCUAAGAUAUCCCGAGGAGGCACUGCAUAUGAUGCGAUGGUUCGAGAAAUCAUCAACCGGGAAAGUUGAGAGUUGGAGAAUGUGUCUUAUGCCGAAUGCCGUGGAAUGGAUACUAAAGCGGAUACAGGGAUGUGACAGUAAGAAUGAAGAGAGGUUUGUCUUCCCCUGCCUUCGCCUAGGCUUUGCAAUAACUGAACAUAGUUACCUUGGAAUGAUCGAUGUGAUCCACAGACUACAGAUGCAGUUGUACAACUGGAACGUCAGGCGAAGAGAUGGCGACCCCGAGCAAUUCGUCACUCAAGUUCCUCGCUACGAGCAACAAGGCUUCAUCCUUCCACUACCCAACCUACCCGGAUACUCGAGCUGGGCCGACAUUGAGGAUUCCGAUUUGACCGAGGACAUGGUAAAGGCCCGCGAUAUCAUUUUGCUGGAAUAUUUCUGUGCCUGGGCGGCGACAAAGGCAGGACAAUACCGGAAAUUUCUGGUUCUGGACGAUAUACGUACCAACAAAACGCAGAACCACUCGUGGCAUAUCAAGUUUUGGGAUCCUAUCCAAUUCAAGCGCGAGAUAAGAUACUAG